ACCACCGGAUAGGGCCAGCAGCUAACCAUCGGCGUGGGCGUCGGCGUGGCGUGUCUGCAACUCCUCCGGGGACCGGGGGCGGUUGGCGUCGUCGCACCCCCCCGCUUUAAUUGCCUCCUCCUCUUCUUCUCCCCCUUCCCGCAGCUGCCACUUCCCCACAACGAGGAGAGGAACAGCAGAGCAAAGCCCCACCUCCUCCCCUCCUGCGCAUCUCCUCUCCUCCCCGGAAUCUGCUCUCCGCCGCCGCCGCCCGGCAGAGGAGAUGGACGGCAGCAGCCUCAAGUCGGCGCAGCUCCUCGAGCAGAUGCGCCUCCACAUGGCCACCGACGCCGGCAAGGACAUCGCCAAGAAGGUCGGCCUCGUCUACCAGUUCAACAUCGCCCCCAAGAAAAUCGGAGUCGACGAGGAGAUCUUCGUCGUCGACCUCAAGAAGGGCGAGGUCACCAAAGGGCCGUACGAGGGGAAGCCAGAUGCGACCUUCUCCUUCACGGAUUCUGAUUUCCUCUCGAUCGCCACGGGGAAGAUGAACCCACAGAUCGCGUUCAUUCGAGGCGCGAUAAAGAUCAAGGGGAGCAUAAGCGCGGCGCAGAAGUUCACCCCGGAUAUCUUCCCCAAGCCUUCCAAACUGUAGAAGGUUAGAGGUAUAUUGUUUGGGCGAGGUUGGUAAUAAUAAGGGUUGCUAGUUGCAAUACUGUGUUUGAUAGAAUGGGGGGAGAAAACUGGAAACAGGAACAACACACGAGUGCCUGAUGUUAUGGCUGGAAAUCGGAUAUCGCUAUGGUUAAUGUUAUCACUGAUAUCAAGUUCAAUCCUUGUUUGUUGUGACUUUCUUUUAUAUAUCAUAAUAUGAUCCAAAUGUCUGUUGAUGUUUCUUGACGAAUAUA